AUGGCAUGUCCUUUUCUUGAAGAGUCAGUUUAUAUAGGAGCACAAAUACUCAGCAGAAAUCUCAGUCGGGAGAGAGUGAUCAGAUCCUGCUUGGAUGUUUUAUCAUUCCCUGAUGCUUAUCUGUUUGAGCGUUUCCGUUUUUCUGCACGAUUGAUCAUUCAUCUGAACAAUUUUCUCAGGCCUCAUAUCGUUCAUAUGACAUAUCGUGGUCAUGGUCUCAGUUCGGAACAAAUUCUUUGUGUUGCACUAAGUUUUUUUGCCAACGGGAGUUUUCUAUAUAACCUCGGUGACACUGAGCAUAUUUCCAAGGCAACAGUCUGUCGGGCUGUCAGAAAUGUGACUCUUACACUGAAAUGUUUACUGUACACUUUUGUGGUGUUCCCAAGUCACAGACCCACAAGACUCAAAGAAGAAUUCCACAGAAUUGCAGGAUUUCCAGGUGUGAUUGGCUGCAUAGAUGGCAUUUAUAUUCCUAUCACAGCUCCUUCAGUAAAUGAAGGAGAAUAUGUGAAUAGGAAGUCUUUCCACAGCAUUAAUGUGCAGGGAGUUCGAUGGUUACCUGCUCUGUGA